AUGGCCGUCGACGUCUUCUCCGUACCGGUGUUCCUCGUGGUCUUUAGAGAGUCUCUGGAGACUGUCAUCAUCGUCUCGGUCCUGCUCGCUUUCCUCAAGCAGACCCUCGACGGGCCAAACAGAGAUUUGGCCGUGUACAAGUCCUUGCGUAAACAGGUCUGGCUCGGCACGGGCAUCGGCUUCCUGAUAUGCCUGGUCACAGCGGGCGCCGUCAUCGGCGUCUUCUACAAGCUCGGUCGUAACAGCUGGGACGCCAAUGAACUUUAUUACGAGGGCGCCUUCUCACUUGUUGCCGCCAUCAUCAUCACAAUCAUGGGGGCCGCCCUGCUCCGCAUCGGCAAGAUGCAGGAGAAGUGGCGAGUCAAGCUCGCAAAGGCCAUGGAAACCCCCAUCAAGACCGGUCCCAACCGGGGGUGGUUCAAGCACUUCGCCGAGAAGUAUGCCAUGUUUUUCCUUCCUUUCAUCACCGUUCUCCGGGAAGGUAUCGAGGCCAUCGUUUUCGUCGCUGGUGUUUCCUUUUCCGCCCCUGCCGCUGCCGUGCCGCUCCCGGCAGUGGUCGGGUUGGCGGUGGGCGCCCUGGUCGGCUAUGUCUUGUAUAAGGGUGGGUCUACAGCCAAGCUACAAGUCUUCCUCGUCGUAUCUACUUGCCUUCUGUACCUUGUCGCAGCCGGCCUCUUUUCCAGAGCAGUCUGGGAUUUGGAGCAGCAGGAGUGGAACAACGUCGUCGGCGGUGACGCUGCGGAGCUUGGGAACGGCCCAGGUUCAUACGACAUCGACAAGAGCGUCUGGCACGUCAACUGCUGUAGCCCCGAGCUGAACGGCGGUGGCGGUUGGGGCAUCUUCAACGCCGUCUUCGGUUGGACGAACUCCGCGACGUAUGGGUCCGUCAUCGCCUAUAAUGUGUACUGGAUCUUUGUCAUCGCAUGUUUCGUUCUCAUGAGAUUCCGCGAGACCAAGGGACGUUGGCCGCUGACGAAGCCCAAACCCUUUGAAAAUGGCGACAGACGUGUUUCUGACGACCUCAGCGGGAGCGAGGAACAGUCCGGAACGUCCGAGAAGGGCAAUGAUACAGCCACUACAAAGACCAUCACUACCUCUUAA